AUGCAGCUGUCUCUCCUCCUCUCCGUCCUGCCGCUGGUCGCCGCCGCCCCCGCGGCCAAGAAGCGCUCUGAGCCGGCGCCUCUCCUGAUCCCCCGCGGCGCCGGCGCCCACAACAUCGUCGCCAACCAGUACCUCGUCAAGUUCAAGGACGGCAGCAAGAUGAAGUCGGUCAAGCAGGCCUUCAACUCGCUGUCCUCCGCCUCCGGCACGUCCGGCGGCGAGGGCGGCAGCGGCGGCGACUCGGCCGAUUUCUUCAGCGAGGUCUUUAACGGCUUUUCCGGCGAGAUGGAUGCCAAGGCUCUCGAGAGCAUCCGCGACCACCCGGAUGUCGAGUAUGUCGAGCAGAAUGUCCAGAUGUCGGCCUUUGCUGCCGUCACCCAGGAGCAGUCCACCUGGGGUCUGGCCCGCAUCUCGCACAAGAGCACCGGCGCUCGCAAAUACGUCUAUGAUGAUUCUGCCGGCGCUGGAACCUGCAGCUACAUUGUCGACAGUGGCAUUGACGAGUCGCACGCUGACUUUGGCGGCCGCGCCAAGCAGCUCAAGACCUUCAUCGGCGAAAACAGCGACAACUGCGGCCACGGCACGCACGUCGCCGGCACCGUCGGCAGCAACACGUACGGCGUGGCCAAGAAGACGGCCCUCUACGGCGUCAAGGUGCUCUCCAAGGACGGCUCCGGCAAGUGCACCGGCCCCAACGACGGCAUCAUCCGCGGCCUCGAGUUCGUCGCGCAGGACGCCGCGAACCGCGAGUGCCCCAACGGCGUCGUCGUCAACAUGAGCCUGGGCGGCGAGUUCUCGCAGGCCUCCAACGACGCCGUCGCCGCCCUGGUCAAGAAGGGCUACUUCGUCGCCGUCGCCGCCGGCAACGGCGACAACAGCGGCAACCCGGUCGACGCCAAGGGCGUCAGCCCAGCCUCGGAGCCCUCCGCCUGCACCGUCGGCUCCGCCAACGCCGACGGCGGCGUCGCCUCCGACUCCAACUUUGGCUCCCCUCUGGCUCUGUACGCUCCGGGUGUCGACGUGGUCAGCUUGAAGGUCGGCGGCGGCACGACCAGCAUGUCCGGCACUUCCAUGGCCACGCCGCACAUCGCGGGUCUGGCGGCGUACUUUAUGGGCCGCGGCAAGAAGGCCGGUGAGAUGUGCGGACACCUCCAGAGCCUGGCGAUCAAGGGCGCGAUCAAGAACGCGCCGUCGGGCACCAAGAACCUGAUCGCGCAGAACGACCAGGCCGGCGGCGACCAGGGCAAGGACGAUCAGCCGCCCGCCAAGGACGACGACAAGCCCAAGGACCAGCAGCCUCCCAAGACCGAGCAGCCCCCCAAGAACCAGCAGCCUCCCAAGAACCAGCAGCCUCCCAAGAACCAGCAGCCGCCCAAGGACGAGCUGCCUCCCAAGAACCAGCAGCCCCCCAAGACCGAUCUUCCCAAGACCGAUCUCCCCAAGAACGACCCUCCCAAGAACACCAACCUGCCCAAGAACCCGCUCUUCGACAACGACCAGCCCAAGAAGGAGCAGCAGCCCCCCAAGACCACCCAGCCCCCAACCAGCCCCAAGAGCGACCUCCUCGAGGACGACCUGCCCAAGAAUGACCGUCCCAAGAAGAACCAGCCCAAGAAUGUCUUCUUCCAGAACGAGGAGGUCAAGAACGAGCAGGUCAAGAACGAUCAGGUCAAGAGCGAGCACAAGAGCUUCUUUUUCCACAACAACAACGACCAGGUUUAG